AUGACCUCUUACUUAAACCAUGCUAAAGUUAAGGCUCACGAACUCCGUAACAAGAACAAGGCUGAGCUCUUGAAGAUCCUCGAAGAGCAAAAGCAACAACUUUCUAACCUUCGUGUUCAAAAGGUUGCUGGUGGUAGACAACAAGAAAUUGGCGAAGCUCGUAAGAACGUUGCCCGUGUCUUGACUGUUAUUAACCAAACUCAACGUGAACAACUUCGUCUCUUCUAUCAAAAGAAGCGUUUUGUCCCUCUUGAUCUCCGUGUUAAGAAGACUCGUGCUAUGCGUAGAGCUUUGACUCCUUUCGAAAAGUCCAAGAAGACUCUUCGUCAACAAAAGAAAUUGACCCACUUCCCUCUUCGCAAGUAUGCUGUUAAGGCUUAA